CGUCAGCACCAGCGGUAGCUGCAGGGCGGCAGCAUCAGCGGUAGCAGUCGCGACAAAAGCAGCGGUAAAAGUCGCGAGAGCGGCAGCUGGCGCGGCAGUAGCAGCGGCAGUAGCCGCUAGAGCGGCAGCGGUAGCGGUAGUACCCAGUUGUUUACCGGUGCUGAUGGUGCAGUUGUCAGUGGACUCCGCUGCGUCGGCUUUGGCUGUCAGACCCGCUCGCCUGGAAUACGUUAAAGCCAAAGGUAAGGUUCUUUGAGAGGUUUCUCUGAUACAUACGUACAGGAACCUGCCGUGUCCACAGCCAAGAGCAAAGGUCCUGUUCCGUCUGACACAACAGCGCCAUGGCUGACAGUGGGGAAUCCACUAAGACGAAUGGGGUUGCCAGUCAAUCUUCCCGCCUUCUAGAGCCGCCCAGAGAGACCAUGCAGCUGAAGAAGGAAAUUUCACUGUUGAACGGAGUCAGUCUGAUCGUGGGAAACAUGAUUGGCUCCGGCAUCUUCGUCUCCCCCAAGGGCGUGCUCAUCUACAGCGCCUCUUAUGGACUGUCGCUGGUCAUCUGGGUUAUUGGAGGCCUGUUCUCUGUGGUGGGAGCCCUGUGCUAUGCCGAGCUGGGCACCACCAUCACCAAAUCAGGGGCGUCAUAUGCAUACAUCCUGGAGUCGUUUGGAGAAUUCCUGGCGUUUAUUCGCCUGUGGACGUCUCUGUUGAUUAUCGAGCCCACCAGUCAGGCUGUCAUAGCCAUCACGUUUGCUAACUACCUGGUGCAGCCGCUUUUCCCGACAUGUGAACCGCCAUAUCUAGCUUCCAGACUCAUUGCCGCAGCAUGUGUGUGUUUACUGACAUUCAUCAACUCUGCCUAUGUGAAGUGGGGCACCCGGGUACAGGAUAUUUUCACCUAUGCUAAGGUGGCAGCCCUCAUUGUCAUCAUCACCACUGGCAUCAUCAAGCUGUGCCAGGGUUACACAAACAACUUUGAAUCCUCCUUUCAGGGAUCGUCUACAGAUCCCGGUAACAUUGCACUGGCGCUCUACUCUGCUCUCUUCUCUUACUCUGGCUGGGACACGCUCAACUUUGUUACUGAGGAGAUCAAAAACCCUCAAAGGAAUCUGCCCUUAGCGAUCGCCAUCUCCAUGCCCAUUGUCACUAUCAUCUACAUCCUCACCAAUGUGGCCUACUAUGCUGUUUUGGAUAUGAGUGCUAUACUGGCCAGUGACGCAGUGGCAGUGACAUUUGCAGAUCACACUCUGGGUGUGAUGAGCUGGACCAUCCCUAUUGCUGUGGCUCUGUCCUGCUAUGGGGGCCUCAACUCUUCCAUUAUCACAGCAUCCAGGUUGUUCUUUGUGGGUUCCCGUGAGGGUCACCUUCCAAGCGCUCUGUCCAUGAUCCACAUACAGAGAUUCACUCCGAUCCCUGCUCUCAUCUUUAAUUGUAUCAUGUCUCUGGUCUACCUGACAGUGAGUGACGUCUUCCAGCUCAUCAACUACUAUAGCUUCAGCUACUGGUUCUUCAUGGGUCUGUCCACUGCCGGCCAACUGUAUCUGCGCUGGAAGGAGCCCGACAGACCCAGGCCUCUCAAGCUGUCGUUAGUGUACCCAGUGGUGUUCUGUCUUUGUGCUGUUUUCCUGGUGGCGGUGCCUCUCUACAGUGACACAGUCAACUCUCUGAUCGGCAUUUCCAUCGCCCUGUCUGGCGUUCCCGUCUUCUUCUUGGGCAUCUAUCUACCGGAGUCCAAGCGACCACCUAUCAUCACCAAGCUGCUGCGUUGUCUGACUUACCUCACCCAGUACACCUGUUACAGUGUGCUGUCAGAAAUGGACAAAAGUGAAUAGCGCCUCGUACGUUUCGAAAACUUUUUCCCAAAAGUCUCUUCAGCCUCAGAGCUCACAUUCAUCAGGGGACCAGAAGAAAAGAGGAUUAACGACUACCGUUUACUUUUGUUGAACUGCACACCACACUCAGGCUCUCAGGCCUCACCGACUUGUUUACACUGACGUUCACUUACAGAUUUCUCCUGAAAUUUAAUGGAAUUUAAUGCAAAGGAUGUCAGCCUGCAGUAGAGACAAACAAAACUGUUCAAUAUCUUUAUCACAUUAUUUAAAGGUGCAAUAUGCAACAUUUAAGUGAGGUUGUUCAUCGUGAUAACAACAAUGAGUUAAUUUGAACACUCCAUCAUAUUCACGACAUGUUAAAGUGACACCACUUCAAUAAUGUCGCCAAGAUUAUUUUGAUGGUACAUAGAAUUUGCAUGAGGGUGAAUGUCACCUCUGUCAAAAAACUAAACAGGUCUGGUUUUCAGUCGCCGGCGUGAGAUGAAAGAAGCGGAGGGAUAAUCGUCUGAGGGCGACCAGGUCCUGCUACUGUUGGACUAGUAAGUGUAAAUUCUUUGAUUACCAUCUAUAUCUAUGCAGUCUAGAGCUUGCUGUGUGUCAGGCUAUAUUAUGGUAUUCAAGGGAUUUAAACAAUAGGCAGAGUAAUAGGUUAUAUAAACUGGGUUGAAAAUGCAAGCUAUGCAAACUACAACACUAUCAUUCUUUUUGUCGCUUUCUUGGGGGUUAGUUUCCGUUACUGCGGCAAAUAUUUUAUGACAGUUGUAACACACAAUAGGACCCUGAGAGCAAAUCCCACUUUGUGACACUGUUAAUCUUACAUUUUCUGAAAGCUCAGGACGUCCUGUAUGGUGUUUUUCUUGUUUUCCAGUUCAUGAGAUCUACUUCACUGAAAAAAAGGGAAGAUGUAUUUGUGAGUCUGCUGCUAUGUAAAGAUGUUUACUCAUCAUUCUAACACCAACACAUUUUAUGUACUUUUAGUGCCUUUUUCUUUACAUUUAUACUACUGUGGCUACAUCCUUAGAAUAUUGCUUUCCCCCCUAAUUUAGCAUAUUUAAUCAUUUUAAAUUUUUUAACUGCAAGGUCAAAAACCAAUUGACUCAAAUUCUCCUCAGUGUCAAAUGUGCUGCAUUUCAUACUCAGGUCAAGACAGUAUUAUGUCAUCUUGUCAAAUGUUUUAAAUGUUGAAGUUCACUUUUGUUUCUUUAUCCUUGGUUUUGUGUAAGCUGUGCUUCUAACAUACUAUACCUGAACCUAUAU